AUGGAGAAGAAGAAAAGACCUAGAUUCAAGUCCCAUUUAGGAAAAGAUCUGAUGGGAUCUGGUGCCAGUGUGAUCUCGAAUAUCAGUAAAUAUACAAAUCUUAAAGUUAAAAAAGAUAAUUUACCUCUUCAUCCUUACAAAUGGAUUCGUUUGGCACGAUUUUCUAUUACACGAGGUUGGUACACAAAUCUCGAGCAAAAUCUUGAUUUUACCAAAGAUGAUGAGAACGUGAACUCCCAGCUAUUUAUGCGUUGGAGAGAUCGUUUCUUAUUUUGUGCCGAAACACUUUAUAAAGCACAGACCGAAACAGGUGAAAUCAAAGGGCAUUACUUGAAUGCUACUGCGGGUACAUGCGAAGAAAUGAUCAAAAGAGCUGUAAUUGCUAGAGAAUUGGGAGUUCCUAUCAUAAUGCAUGACUACUUAACAGGAGGAUUCACUGCAAAGACUAGCUUAGCUCAUUAUUUCCAAGAUAAUGGACUACUUCUUCACAAAUAA